AGGCAGGCUCUUUAUCAAUUGUAUGUUAUUAUCUAUAUAACAAAAUUCAGAAGGUUUAUCACAAUCUGUGUGUAAAUAAAAGUUUUUUUAUUUCUUAUCAAAAUUUUAAGUAUAAAGAUUAGUAAACUAUUUUUAAAAAGUUUGUACUCAACAUGUCUGAAAAAUCUCUAGAAAUAUCCCCGAAUGGUUCUUUAACAUUUACACAAGUCAAUAACAGUCAUGAAAUCACCAUAAGAAAUGUUUCCAAUAAGUCGGUGACCUAUAAGGUGCAAAGCACAGUGUAUGGCAAGUUCAAUAUCCGACCCCGCUGGGGAAUCCUGAAUCCCAACGAGCACUCACAUGUCCUCAUAACGAUGUGCAAGGAUGCCGAGCUCUCGAAAAAGGGCCGCGACAAGAUAGUGGUCGUCUGCAUGCUGGCGCCCAUCAAUGCCGUGGACUUCGACAUGACCUCCUCCUUCUGGCGCCACAAUAUCUGCUACGAUCCGAAUAUCGAGAGGCACCAGCUCACCUGCCAACAAAUGGAUGGAGGUGGCGAGGGCGGUGAUAAGGACCCCAAAGAGGUGGAGGACCCCGGUCUAAGGAUUCGCAGCAGGGGGCUAUUCCCCUCGUUCUGCAGUAUUCGCACGCCCAGCAAGUACUGGCGCUAGUUUUUGGAUGGGUGGAGUGUCAAUUAUCCCGCCCGACUAUUUCGCCCUAAUGGCUGCAAUGACUAAGUAAUUGGUUAGCAGCCCUAUGAUGUCUUGCCGUGUGCCUCUAUGGGCCAACAUUGUUGAUGAUGAGCCUUCAUUAAAAACUAAGAGCUUGUCUGUCUCCCUCUCUCUGUGGGUAUGUGUGUUGGGUAUCAAGUGGCUCGAAGGAUGCUCAAGGAUCCUGGUUACAUGAAGUGCGUUUACCCCACACAACUGGCUGAUAAAAAGACGUAAAUUGCUUGCAUUUGCCGAGUGGAACUCGGGCUCUACAUUCGACUGGCAAUUAGGCAAACGUUAACGAAGGCUUUUGAACUUUGGAUAUAUUCCCAUCGAUUGACAUUCUGUUGGGUCAACCCGGUUGCCCGGCAAUUAACCAACCACUUUUGUAACUCGAAGCGUUAAGCAAUUAAAGGGUCGAAUAAUGUUGAGUGGCAAGUGAAGCCAUA